AGCACAGGGGCUAAGGUGCUUCCUGGCAUCCCAGUGACCCCAGUUUGAAUCCCUCGUCCACCAAGAACCACCAGAAGUGAUCCCCGAGCAUAAGCCAGAAGUAAACCCUGAGCACAGCCAAAGCAAAAAAACUAGGGGCAGUGAGUAGGGGGCCUGCCAGGGUUCAAUCUCCAGCACCCCAUAUGGUCCCCUGAGCACUCAGGAGUGAUCCUUGAGCACAGAGCCAGGAGUAAGCCCCGAGCACUAUCAGGGGUGAGCCCUCCCCCCCCAAAUAAAAGGGAAAGAAAGGGGAUUGGCUAGACCCACCUCUCCAGGUGACGCCUGCCAUCUAGUGGACACAGAGAGGACUGUCCGUCCAGGCAGCCAGCACUGUUCUGAGCUGGGCGUCUUGGGGGCUGGUGUUGGAUGAGACCCAGGCAAUGGCACCCCCCCCCCGCCCCCGCCCAUCCAGACCCUGGGCUGAGAGAGCAGAGUGACCUCUAGCGGCAGGGGCGGGGGCGCGGGGGAUAGACGGCCCCUUUGGGAUGGUGCCCACGGGGUGGAGUCGCACUUGAGUCGGCUGGUCACACACCAGACUCAGGCUGGGGAAGAGCGUUCGGGAGGCCUGGGGGCUUGUGCAGCCAGCCCGGGGAGGGCAGGAAGUGGGGGGCCGAGGCCACAGCCUGACACCUGCUCCCCCAAACUGCCCUCUCGAGGCCUUUGCAGGCCCUGAUUGGCUCCCAGUGCCCCUUCACCCUGAGCUCUCCUCCCUGGAGCUGGUCCUUUGACCUUCCCAGCCACUCCCUCCCUCGCGGACACCUUUGCCCCAUGACGUGACGCUGGUCUCUCAGGUGUGGGCCGGCCGGCGGGAGGCUGGGGCAGGAGCCGGCAGCAGCCAUGUUCUCCCUCCCCUCCUGGUUGCCCCACUUCCCCGCCCUGGAGUGGGGCUCUGACCUCCUCAACUCCCUCCUGCAAGGCCUCCUCGGGGCCUGUGGCAUCUCCGUCCUCAGCAACCUCCUGAAGGUCUACUUCUUCGUGGGCUGCGUCAGCAACCCGAAAAGGCGGCUGGAGAAGGAGCGGCUGCGGGCGCAGUGGGCGUCCCUGGAGACCGUGCACCUGGCCGGCCUGGCCCUCAUCCUCAGCUUCGUGGGCACGCGGGUGGCUGCCCUGGUGGUUCUCGAGUUCUCCCUCCGGGCCGUGUCCACGCUGCUGUCCCUGGACAAGGGCUCCCUGGGCUCGGAGAAGCUGCAGCUGUACCUGCUUAGCCAGUACUCGCUGGGCUGCGGGCUCACCUGCGGCCUGAGCUUCCUGCAGGAGGGCGCCCCUCACCGCACCCUGAACCUGGCGCUGGGCCUGGGGCUGGCCGCGCUGCUCCACGUGGGCGCCCGGCGCCUGCGCCAGCACGUCUGCCACCUGUACGAGCUGCACAGCAGCCAGAACUACUGCGGCGUCUGCCUGGGCCUGCUGUCCAGCGCGCACGUGCUCCCCCGGCUGCUGGGCCGGGCCCUGGCCGUGGCCUUCGCCGUGGGCGACCUGGCGGCCGUGACCCUCAUCAACCAGGACUUCCUGACCACCUCGGAGGCCGUGCGCUUCUGGACGCCCCUCACCAUCUGCUACACGCUGCUGGUCAUCUACAUGCAGGAGGAGGAGCGCCGGAACCCCGGCAUGCAGGGCCAGGUGCAGACGGUGCUGAUGCGCAUGGGCGGACUCUCCGUGCUGCUGCUGACCGUGGGCCGCUGGCUGGACCUGAUGGGCCUCUUCAUCUCCCUGCUCGGCGAGAUCUGGUGCCUGGUGGGCGUCCGCACCCUCCUCGACCUCUGCCACGCCCAGGACUUCUUGUCCCGGAGGCCUUCCGCGCCAGCUGUCAGCCCACCGCGGGCCCCAGCCCAGGCCCAGCCACAGAAGAUGGACCCGUCCUGAGCCCCGCCCGGAGCGCGCUCCACCAGGCCUUGUCCUCCUGUGUCCACUCCCCACGGGCCCAGCUGCACGCCUGGACCUCAGGCUGCCGGCUGGGGACAACCAUGGCAGGGCUGGCCCAUGCCUAGA